CCCGGCCUUAUUACUGCUAGAUAUGUGCCAUCUUCUGGAAGCGAAGACUACUGGCCGGUUGGGGCUCCGGCGCUGCUCAUGUCAGAGAAGGAAGAAUGGCAGCAACGGUGGAAUGAACGUGCAAGAUGGAAAAAACCCCGUCAGAGGCCCUUUGCUAUCCAUUUGGCGGCUGCAGAGCUCUCCAUGCCUUUCCAGCAGCAGAAGGGCUGGUAUGUUGGUAUCAAACUAUAAGCAGAACAUACAAUUGAUAAAAUCUACCUUUUGACACACUUCUCCUGGCCUCUAGAGCUCAAAUUUACCAUUUGUGACUUGAUGGAUCUCACUAGUGUGCGAAAUAUGCUGGUUGCCUUUGGCGAGUUUCUCCCUGUUCCAUUCUGGCUGUCCCACCUGCCUGCAGAUCUUUUCGAGGCUCACGACAGGGCAGUGACAGCUCCAGAGACGAUUGACUGGCCGCUUCUCACUAUGAUGGUCUGUGGUAAGAGCGUUUUGGGUGACUCUGUGGGCAUGUGGAACCGAUCUCGUAUCCUUUCCGUUCUAUAUAAAUCAGAUGGUUCCUUUUAUUCAGCUUUCUCAAAAUCUUUUAAAAUAGUCAUUUCUUCCUUCUUCCAGCCUUCCAAAAACUCUACAUUCGUUGCAACGAUAUGCCUCCGAUAGUCUAGCUCAAGAGCCCAUCCAGGGAACAGUAAGUACAAAAGGUUGUCAUAAGAUCGUCACUAAUAAGCAGUAGUACUCCCAGCCAACGGCGCACGGCUUGCACUGAGCUAGAGUCGUAGUUACAGGCAUCUGGUCUGGGAUUCUUCAUCAGGUCUUCCC